AUGGUAUACAAUUCACUAACCGAGGCUCCUCGCAACCUCAAGGAGUGCUUUGAUUGGCUGGUGGCCCUCAACGGAUCUUCUAAAUUUAACACGCAGGCUUUAGGUUUUGCGGUUUACAAUUUUCUCGUAGACAAGCCUGUUGGUACGUUGCUUAUACCAUCUCUCGAGAAGGUUAAACGUCUUUCUAAAGAGUUCCUGGAGCAAAAGGAACUUAAGAAUCGCCCGUACGUAGAAGAACUGCUGAGUAAAUACAAGGAGCCUGUGAAUAAACAAUCUAGAUCCAUAAAGCACUUCUUGGGUGACUACGAAAGUGAUUAUAAGAACGUCGUAAAGCGCAGUGGUGUAAAACCAGACGACAUCGCAGAGAACGUAGCUCGUAUUGCGUCUAGUUCUAAGAUGUCCGUGAUGCUUAUUGGCACCCCUGACCAAUACGAGUCUGCUUACAGUUCAGAAGCAACGUGGGAUGCAUCGUGUUCGAAGGACCCAGAAGCUUGCGCAGUAAUCUUCGUGGGGAUUGCGCCAAUGUUGUACGCAGGCCUACAGUCUUUGUGGGAUGAGACCACCCCAAAGUUCUCUGGAAGUGAAACGCCUAUUGAGACAAACCGUAUGGGAAAGUUAAUGAAAGCGUUGGGUUUCACAGAACCGGAAUACCGCGGUGACACGAGUCGUUCACAUGUUCGCAGGGCGGUGCGCUUUAUGCAUCAAUAUGUAUUGGAAGACAUCUACGACCUCGCUGGUUUCUGGGCUUUCUAUUGA